AUGUUGUGGCGAGAGCAAUUGUGGAGGCUGCAGCAGUCUGGAAAGUUUCUCAUAGGUGUCACGUAUUUGUCAUUUUUCUUAGAUAAUUUGCUCCUUAGCGUCGUUGUACCUAUCAUACCAGACGUACUUUACAAGAUGGAAAACGAAACUCUUGAAAGAACUAAUCUCAACAUGGUUGCUGUUGAGAAUAAAGAAAAUUGUUCAGGUGUCCCUCUAGAUUGCCAAAACCAUUCCUCAAAUGCAUAUGUCAGUUUUCAUCGCAGAAUAGCUUCAUACGACAUGAACGAUGAAAAUGAAGAAGUGGGAUUGCUCUUAGCUUCCAAAGCAAUUGUACAGCUUGUCAUGAAUCCUGUAGUAGGGCCUCUUACGAACAGGAUAGGAAACCAAACACCAAUAUUUUUUGGGGUUCUGACAUUACUACUAUCGUCUUUGCUAUUUGCAUUUGGAAACACAUUUUCUGUGCUGUUCGCUGCACGAAGUCUUCACGGAAUCGGAUCUUCUUGUAUCUGCAUAGGAGGGAUGGCUGUCAUAGCGGACCGAUACCAAGAUGAUCAAGAGCGUAGCCGAAUUAUGGGUAUUAUAAUGGGAGGAAUUGCAGCUGGAGUGUUAGUGGGAUAUCCACUUGGUGGAGUUCUGUAUGACUUCGUUAGUCAAAGUGCACCUCUUUUGAUUGUUUCUGGCUUCCUUUUCCUUGAUGCGGUUUUGCUUCUGGUGGUUUUACGCCCUCGUUUAGAGCCUGAAAGACUUCUGGUUGGAACAAGUAUAAGGAAGCUGAUUCGUGAUCCAUACAUAUUACUUGCAGCAGGUGCUAUAAGCAUAUCAACCUUUUCCAUUGCGAUUUUGGAACCUUGCUUACCUAUUUGGUUGAUGGAAUCGAUGUCUCCUCCAAGAUGGCAGCUGGGUACAGUUUUCAUACCAGAUAGUCUUGGAUAUUUUGUGGGCACGAACUUUUUUGGAGAGGUGGGAUUCAAAGUGGGCAGAUGGGUCACGGCAAUGGUCUCAUUAUUUAUUGUGGGUGUCUGCGCUCUAAUGAUUCCUAUUUCGACUCAUAUUCUGCAACUUGUGAUUCCACAUUUUGGCUUAGGAUUGGGCAUUGGAGUUAUAGAUGCUUCUCUUAUGCCUCUGCUUGCAAACAUAGUGGAUGUGAGGUAUAUGGGUCUUUAUGGGAGCGUAUAUGCAAUUGCUGAGAUGGCAGUGUGUUUAGCUUAUUCUAUAGGUCCUUUGUUUGGAGGUUAUUUGGUUAAAAAGAUGGGAUUUACCUGGGUCAUGCGAUGCAUUGGAAUUCUAAAUCUACUCUACUGUCCACUUUGCUAUUUCUUGAGAGAAAUCCCUCGUCAAAAAGGAGAGAAUAGGCCUAUAAAUUCAAACGGACCUGAAUGCAACUCAAAAGAACCAACUAAAACUGAUGGAUGGGCUAGUUACUUUUCUUUCGCCAAUGAAGAAUAAGUAAUAUUAAAAAAAAAAAAGAUUCUACAGAUACAAU